AUGUCAACUAUUAGUAUUGAAGAGAGUUCAUCUCCUAAAAAGACUCAAAUUACUGAAGUUGCUGUUGAAUCAGAUGUCGAAUCCUUAAAUUAUAGUACUGAAAAUGAAAAGGUUGAUUACUUUUAUCAUGAAAAAAGACUUUCAUCUGCCUUAAAGGCUAGACAUAUCGGUAUGAUCACCUUGGUCGGUGUCUUUGGUACUGGUUUGUUCUUAUCUUCUUCUGUCUCUCUUUCCACUGCUGGUCCAGUAGGAAUGUUAUUAGCUUAUAUUAUGGUUGGUUUGGUUAUAGGUGCUAAUCAAAUGUGUAUUGCUGAAGUUUCAUGUCUUUUACCAGUUACAUCAGCUUAUGUUAAACAUGCUGAACAUUUCGUUGAUGAAUCUUUAGGUUUUGCUAUGGGUUGGAUUGAUAUUUAUUCAUCUAUUUUACCAGGUGAAUUAUCAGCUGUUGCCGUGGUCAUGACUUUUUGGUCUGAUUUAAAUCCAGCUAUAUGGAUUACAGUAUAUGGUCUUGUCGUUGUAUUAACUAAUGUUUAUAAUGUUAAAUGGUACGGUGAAAUUGAAUUCUUUUUUGGAAUUUUAAAAAUCUUGUUAGUGGUUGGUAUUGUUAUCCUUGGUUUAGUUAUUGACUUAGGUGGUGUCAAAGGUCAACAAAGAUUAGGUUUCCACUACUGGAGAGACCCAGGUCCAUUUGCUGAAAAAUUUACCACUGGUUCAUUAGGUAAAUUUGCUGGUUUCUGGAAAUGUGUCUCAUCUGUUGUUUAUGCUUAUGGUGGUACACAAGCCAUCUCCAUGUUAGCAGGUGAAACUGAAUACCCAAGAAGAGCUAUCUUCAGAGCCGCCAAGAGAGUCUUCUACAGAGUCUUCACUAUGUACCUUACUACUGUUUUCAUUUUAACUUUACUUGUGGCUUAUAAUGAUCCAGAAAUCGCCAAUCCAAAUGGUACUGCUGCUGGAUCACCAUUUGUUAUUGCUAUGAAAAGAGCUGGCGUGAGAGUUGUUCCUCAUAUUAUUAACGGGGUUGUUUUGACUUCAGCUUUAUCAGCUGCCAAUUUGGGUGUUAUAAAAGCUUCUAGAACUUUAUUUGCCCUUGCAACUAAAAAGCAGGCUCCAUCUGUUUUCUUAUGGGUUAAUAGACAUGGUUUACCAUGGGUUGGAGUUACAUUAGCAUGUCUUUUCCUUUCAUUAUGUUAUAUGUCAGUUACUAAUAGUGCUUCCAAUGUUUUUAAUUAUUUCCAAAAUGUUUCUAGUUCAGCAUUAUUAUUUAAUUGGAUUGUUAUCGCAUUGAAUCAUAUUCAUAUGUCAAGAGCCUUAACUGCUCAAGGUUAUACCAGAAAGGAUUUACCAUAUACAUUUUAUGGAACUCAAUAUGCUUCAUGGUUUUCAUUAUUCUUUUCCGUGUUAUUCUUAUUAACUGGUGGAUUUGCCAAUUUCAUUAAAGGUAACUUUGAAUUUUCAAGUUUUUUCGCAGCUUAUUUUGUUAUUCCUCUUGGAAUUAUAUUAUUUAUUGGAUGGAAAUUUUUCAGAAAGACUAAGUAUCUUAAACCUGAAGAAGUUGAUUUAAAGGGUCUUUUCGCUGAUAUUCAAAAUACUCCUGAACCAGCAUAUCCAAAAUUAAAAGGAUGGGAAUAUAUUACUUUACUUUGGGGUUAG